AUGCCCUACGGCAGCGUCCAGAGGGGAGAAGUUGAAACAGAUUAUGUCCAGGAUGUGGACAUGUGGUUUAUUGUCUCAGCCCUCCUUCUGAGCGUCGUUGGCCACUGCUGUCCCCCCCACGAAGACAGUGGCAUCGUGCACUGCGCUCUCAAGCCCCUCCAGUUCCUCGUUUCUGACCAGGAGUUUCCUGGCUCCACCGGACUCCUCUUGAAGCGCCCCCCGUUCUGCCCCAUCAAGCACUUGACUGCGAAGCAAAGGGCUUCCCUCCCCGCAGAGACCCGGCGCCAGGGGGUGGAUGUCGGGGUGGCCGUUCUCCUGGAAUCGGCGAACCAAAAGAUUUUGUUGACCCGCCGGGCGAGAACGCUCCGCCUCUUCCCAAAUGCUUGGGUGCCUCCUGGCGGCCAUAUUGAACCGGAGGAAGAGCUGCUGGAGGCCGGCCUGAGGGAGCUGGAGGAAGAGACCGGCUUGCGGCUGCAGGAUGGGGAAUUCUCCUGGCACCUGCUGGCCCUCUGGGAGUCUGUGUACCCUCCCCGGCUGAGCCAAGGUUUGCCCCGACGCCACCACAUCGUGAUCUACCUGCACUUGGCCUUGCAGGAGAGCCACCAGCAGCUCCAGGCCAGGCUGAAGCCCAACGAAGCCGAGGUCAGCGCUGUCGCUUGGCUGGACCGCCCCACCCUGGCAUCCAUUGUGGCUACGGAGGACGGGGCAGAAGGCGAGAGCCCGGGGGCGGGCAGGGGGGCACCGUCCACUGUCAGCAUCAUCGAACUGGAGAAGGGCUCAGCCGAGACCCUGGUGAUCCCCACUGCCACAUUCCUGGCCACAGCACAAGGGGAGGAUGUGGAGCACGUCAGCACCGGCACCAAGUACGCCCUCCGGCAGUGGCUGAACUUGUCAGCCCCCUGCGCGGCCGAGGAUGCCUGA